AUUUUUUUUAUCCUUGCCCAUCGUUUCAUAUGUAUCAAUGCUUUAGUUUCAGGUUAUGUUUCCUAUAUAAAUAAAUAGAAGUUAAUCAAUUGAUACAUCAACAAAAAUCAUCAAGUAAAAAAGAAAUAAUAUUGAGAAGAGAUUGUAAGUGUAAGUUGCUCUAAAUGGGCUCCUUUUUUAUUCUAUUGCCUUCUUUUACCUUUCACUUCUUCUUUUUGCUGUUGCUUACUCAUUUUACUUCCUACACUUUCUCAUUAUGCAACCAUCACGACAACUCUGCCUUGUUACAAUUCAAGAACUCAUUUGUUGUCAAUACUUCAUCUGAACCUGAUAUUUGGUGGUGGAGUUGUUCCUCUUUUUCUUUCAAGACGGAAUCUUGGAAAAACAGUACAGAUUGUUGCGAUUGGGAUGGUGUCACAUGUGACACCGUUUCAGAUUACGUGAUUGGUUUGGAUCUUAGUUGCAACAAUCUGAAAGGUGAAUUACAUCCCAAUAGCACUAUCUUCCAGCUUAGACACCUUCAACAACUCAACUUAGCUUUUAAUGAUUUUUCCGGGUCUUCAGUGCAUGUUGGUAUUGGUGAUUUAGUGAACCUCACACAUCUAAAUCUGUCAAACUCUUACUUCAGUGGUAAUAUUCCCUCCACAAUCUCUCGUUUGUCAAAAUUAGUAUCACUUGAUCUUAGCAAUCACUUGGUAAUGGAAUUGAAACUCAAUCCAUUCACAUGGAAGAAACUUAUUCGCAAUGCUACUGAUUUAAGGGAGCUUUAUCUGGAUAGCGUGGAUCUGUCUUCAAUCAGAGUGAGUUCUUUGUCUAUGCUAAAGAAUUUUUCAUCCUCUUUAGUUUCUCUUAGCCUAUCAUAUACUAGGUUGCAUGGACAUUUGUCAAGUGACAUCCUCUCUUUACCUAAUCUUCAAAAACUGGAAUUGUCAUAUAACAACAAUCUUAGUGGUCAACUUCCAAAGUCCAAUUGGAGCACUCCUUUGAGGUACUUGUACAUCUCCUUCUCUGCUUUCUCAGGUGAAAUUCCUUAUUCCAUAGGUAAGUUGAAGUCUCUUAGUCAAAUAGCACUCUCAGGGUGUCAUUUUGAAGGGAUGGUUCCUCUAUCUUUGUGGAACCUAACCCAACUAACAUAUUUGGACCUUUCAAUAAAUAAAUUUAAUGGUGAGAUCUCACCAUUACUUUCAAACCUCACACAUCUCAUUUCAUGUGAUCUUUCAGAUAAUGACUUUAGCGGUAACAUCCCACCAAAUGUUUAUGGAAAGUUAAACAAACUGGAAUUUUUAACACUUUACGCUAACAACCUAACAGGCAUAAUUCCAUCAUCAAUUUUUCAGCUACCUCAACUUUCUAAUUUACGUUUAUCCGAUAAUAAACUAGUUGGACCAAUUCCAAUUGAAGUCGCUAAACGUUCAAAAUUGAAAGUUGUGAGUUUAGGCUAUAACAUGUUAAAUGGAACAAUUCCGAAAUGGUGUUAUUAUUUGCCUUCAUUGGUAGAGUUGUACCUCAGCAACAACCACCUCACAGGGUUCAUUGGUGAGUUCACAACUUAUUCUCUUCAAUAUUUGUAUCUCUCUAAUAACAACCUCCAUGGUCAUUUUCCAGAUUCAGUAUUUGAACUCCAAAAUCUUACCCACUUAGAUUUGUCAUCAACAAAUUUAGGCGGUGUUGUGGAUUUUCACCAAUUUUCAAAAUUUAAAAUACUAAAUUUCCUUGAUGUGUCACACAAUAAUUUUCUUCCUAUCAACAUUGAUAACAAUGUUGAAUCCAUCUCACCUUACCUUGAAAGUGUAUAUUUAUCUUCUGCUAAUAUUAAUAGUUUUCCUAAAUUCCUAGCACGACUACCAAAUCUCCAAUCAUUAGAUCUCUCUCAUAACAACAUUCAUGGAAAAAUUCCCAAAUGGUUUCUUAAACUCUUUAACUCAUGGGAAAACAUUGGAUACAUUGAUCUUAGUUUCAACAAGUUGCAAGGAAAUCUUCCAAUUCCACCCAGUGGCAUUCAAUACUUUUUACUCUCAAAUAACAACUUCACGGGAAACAUUUCAUCCGCAUUUUGCAAUGCAUGGGCCUUGAGUAUGCUCAAUUUGGCACACAACAAAAUAACAGGCAUGAUCCCACAAUGUCUAGGAACACUUCCUUCUCUUUCUGUAUUAGAUUUGCAAAUGAAUAACUUCUAUGGAAGUAUGCCUAGAAACUUUUCCAAAGAAAAUCAAUUUAAGACUAUAAAGUUGAAUGGCAAUCAAUUGGAAGGACCAUUACCAUACUCUUUGGUUCAUUGCAAAAAUCUUGAAGUUUUGGACCUUGGAGACAACAUCAUAGAAGAUGUAUUUCCCAAUUGGCUAGGAAUUCUGCCAGAGUUACAAGUACUGAGUUUAAGAUCAAACAAACUUCAUGGUACAAUCACAUGCUCUAGCACCAAACAUCCUUUUACCAAGUUGCGAAUUUUUGAUGUCUCUAACAACAAUUUUAGUGGUCCAUUACCAACAUCAUGUAUUAAGAAAUUUCAAGGAAUGAUGAUUGUUAAUGGUAGCCAAAUUGGUUUGCAAUACAUGGGUAACUUCGUGGUUAAGUACUAUAAUGAUUCUGUGGUUGUCAUAAUGAAAGGUUUUUCUAAGGAGCUAACGAGGAUAUUGACUACUUUCACAACUAUCGAUUUAUCAAAUAACAUGUUUGAAGGAGAAAUUCCAAAAUUUAUUGGAGAAUUAAAUUCUCUCAAAGGUCUUAACCUUUCAAAUAAUGGAAUCUCUGGUAAAAUUCCACAAUCUUUGAGUUAUUUGGAAAAUUUGGAGUGGUUGGACCUCUCAAGGAACCAAUUGAUUGGUGAGAUUCCUAUGGCUCUCACAAAGCUGAAUUUUCUCUCAUUCUUGAACCUUUCACAAAACCACCUUGAGGGAAUCAUACCUACAGGUCAACAAUUUGGUACAUUUGGAAAUGAUUCCUAUGAAGGAAAUACAAUGUUAUGUGGAUUACCAUUGUCUAAAUCAUGCAAAAAUGAUGAAGAUCAGUCACCACAUUCAACAUCUGAAGAUGAAGAGGGAUCAGGAUUUGGUUGGAAAGCAGUAGCAAUAGGAUAUGCGUGUGGGGCAAUAUCAGGUUUGCUCUUAGGACAUAAUGUAUUUUUCUUUGGGAAACCUGAAUGGCUUGUAAGACUUGUUGAACAUAUGUUUAACACGCGACUGAAGAGAACAAACAACAGAGCCGGUGCAAAUCGCAGAAGAAUGAAUUAACUUGAUGUUGUUCUAUUUAAAUAUGUAAUUGCGGUUGUUUUAAUUUGAAAUUUGUUAAUGUGGUAGUAUUUUGUCUUGUAAUAUCAUAAUGUUGUCUAUUUCCAAUUGUUAUCUAAAUAAGAAAAUUAGUGAUCAAUUGCUUUCAUGUUAUUUUCAAUAUUCUAUUAUUUAUGUAUUUUCUAACAUAAUUUGCUUCAAAUUUGUGUAUUUUCAACUUUGUUAUACAUACAUAAUAGUAUUCCUUUGUUCUCAACCAUUAUCAUUUAAAAAAA